AUGCAGGAUAAGGUGUACCAGGAAAUACAAGCAGUGUUCGGUGAGACGGACCGCGCCGUGACCGCGGAGGAUCUGCCGAAGCUGACGUAUCUGGAGGCCGUCAUCAAGGAGAGCCUGCGACUCUACCCGCCGGUGCCGAUAGUGACGCGAGAGGUCCACGGGGAUACACCUCUACCGUCAGGUAUAACGCUGGUGGACGACACGACGGUGAUGUUCAACAUCUGGGGCACGCACCGUAACCCCGCGUACUGGGGGCCCGACGCGGAGGAGUUUCGCCCCGAGCGGUUCCUGCAGGGCCCGCUGCCGCACCCCGCCAUGUUCGUGCCCUUCAGCCACUCCGUCAGGAACUGCCUCGUAUACAAUCCCGCGUACUGGGGGCCCGACGCGGAGGAGUUCCGCCCCAAGCGGUUCCUGCAGGGCCCGCUGCCGCACCCCGCCAUGUUCGUGCCCUUCAGCCACUCCGUCAGGAACUGCCUCGGCGCAACAUACGCAAUGAUGUCGGCGAAGACGGCGCUGGCCAACGUGAUCCGGCGCCACCGGCUGCUGCCGCCGGCCGGCGUGCGCGCCGCCGACCUGCAGCGCCCUCUACCGGUCAAGUACGACAUCAUGAUGAAGGCUGUCGACAACUUCACCCUUAGAAUAGAAGAGAGAAACCAAAACAAAACCCUUAAUGUAUAAACAUA